AUGGUUGACCCAAGAACGCCAUUACUGGUGAAGAAGCCGGAGUCAGAGCACUCCUCCAUUGAUCCCAAAGCUAGGGAUUCCUUACGCCAAUUUUUGGUGGAUUUCCACAUCCUGAUGUGGGGAGGAACCGUGAAGGUGGAAGCAGAGUUCUCUGAGGCAGAAGGAGCUCCGCCAGAGGAAGGUCAGAGGGUGCAGGCCCAGGAGCAUGCCCAAGAUCCCCUGUCAAGUGUUCGGACUCCAGGAUGGCAGCGAAGAGACAUUAUCGAGCCCUUUUCUUUGCAGAGAAGUGGAAACGCCUCCUCAGCCUAUGGUCCAGCAGCAGACAUAGAGGAGACAGCUGGAGAAUUCCAGGAGUUCUCUUUGGAAAUACUCAAGAAUGAAGAUGCUGAAGAAUGCACAGAGUGCGAAUGUGGGAAGAGAUUCAGCCAAAGUAGCAAUCUCCAAAAACAUCAAAGAACCCACACAGGAGAGAGGCCUUUUGAAUGCUUAGAAUGUGGGAAGAGAUUCAGCCAGUGUAGCGCUCUUCAGCAACAUCAAAGAACCCACACAGGGGAGAAGCCUUUUGAAUGCUCAGAGUGUAGGAAGAGAUUCAGCUGCAUUGGCCAUCUUCAAAGUCAUCUAAGAACCCACACAGGGGAGAGGCCUUUUGAAUGCUCACAGUGCGGGAAGAGAUUCAGUCACAGUAGCACUCUUCAAAAACAUAUAGGAACCCACACAGGAGAGAAGCCUUUUGAAUGCUCACAGUGUGGGAGGAGAUUCAGUCAAAGUAGCACUCUUCAACAGCAUCAAAGAACUCACACAGGGGAAAAGCCUUUUGAAUGCUCACAGUGUGGAAGGAGAUUCAACCAAAGUGGUGCUCUUCAAAGUCAUCUAAGAAUCCACACAGGGGAAAAGCCUUUUGAAUGCUCAGAGUGUGGGAAGAGAUUCAGCCACAGUGGCCAUCUUCAAACUCAUCUAAGAACCCAUACAGGGGAGAAGCCUUUUGAAUGCGCAGAAUGUGGAAAGAGAUUCAGCCAUCGUAGCGCUCUUCAAAAGCAUCGAAGAACCCACACAGGGGAAAAGCCUUUUGAAUGCUCAGAGUGUGGGAAGAAAUUUAACCACAGUGGCAAUCUUCAACGUCAUCUACAAACCCACACAGGGGAGAAGCCUUUUGAAUGCUCAGAGUGCGGUAAGAGAUUUAGCCGCAGUGGUCAUCUUCAAGUUCAUCAAAGAACCCACACAGGGGAGAAGCCUUUUGAAUGCCCAUAGUGUGAGAAGAGAUUCAG